GGUGUGUUGUUUCUUGCUGGCAAUAACAACCAUCACAAAGAUCACAAGUGGACAAACUAGAACAAAACCAGGCAAAGUAAUAGGUUUUCCUGCUGUGUAUUCCCAAGUGCGCAUGCGUGGUGGACAGCAGAGCGACUUAUUUCUGCGGGGAGGUAUUUCUCGCAACAUCAGCUGCACCAAAACAUUGCUUGCGUAAGAAGUGUCAAGUUAUUGUGCUGAGUGAGGAAAGAUAGAUAGUGUAACGCCAUCGAAAAGCGAAGUGCGUGAAUAAACAGAGGAGAGGAUCAAGAGGAGGACCUACGAAGCGAUACAUACAGGUGAUAAGGAGAAAGAAGGAAGUGGCGAGAAAGGAAACCAUUUGCCACAUUUUAAUUCACUGCCUUCUGUCACGUGUGGAGACUAAUCACCAUGUCGGGUGGCAGCAGUAACAGUAGCAGCAGUUCAGCAUGGACGGGAACAAAGCUACACAUCAAAGAAGGGGAGUUGAUGUGUGUCAAAGGAUGUGGCUUCUAUGGUAACCCAGCAUGGGAGGGUCACUGCUCCAAAUGCUACAAGGAGCACCUUGCACGUACACAGCAGCGCAAGACUGUCUUCCAUCCCUCACUUACUAUUAGGAAUAAGGUGACACGAUCAGUCAGCGAUGUGUCGGAUUUCACUUCAUCGGCAACUUCCAUCAUGAGCCGCAAGUUUGACAGAUUUGAAGAGAAGCGACGACAACAGCUUGAUAAGAAGACCAAAGUUGUCAAGUCCAUAUUUAGGAAGUCCCAGGGCAAAGAGGGAUUGAAGGCUGGUGAAACAUCUAGGCCGAUGAGGCAGCUGAGUAUGGAAUCACAGGGGGCAGGGCAGCAGUUCAAUGACUUUCUCAAGACUCUGAGUAAGGACAUUCAGAGCGGUGUCAGCAAGCUGAUCAACAGUUUUCUAGAGAAAAUGCUAAAAGUGGUUGAGUUUCAAUCUGUUGAUGAGUCCAGUGAACAGAUACAAGAUUUCUACACCACCAUGAAUGACAUGAUUACUCAGCAGCCGGCCUAUCAAGGCUUAAACCAAGAGCAGAUUGACCAAAUAAAUGAACUCACAGAGAGGUACAUCACCACAAGACUUUAUAAGCCACUCAUCAUAACAGUGAAUGCAGUGAGUGAAGAGAAGGACUUGGCCAUUCAAAAUAGAAUCAGAAGUUUGGCGUGGGUCUCUAGUCAGCACUUGGAAUGUGGUGUGGAGGAAUCCAACCAAGAGGUGCGAGAAACUUUGGACUCUGUUAUUACUGAACUGCUAGAGAUGAACAGCAAACGUGUUCCGUGCGACAAGCUGAGUUGCCUUGUCUCAGCUGCCCACCAUGUUCUUCAGGUCCUCAAACUCUCCAGCUCUGGUACACCGGCCUCUGCAGAUGAUUUCCUGCCCUCCCUCAUCUACUGUGUGUUACAGGCUAAUCCACCACUCCUCCACAGCAACAUUUCUUUUAUCACAUACUUUUCGCAGCAGCGCAGCCUUCAGAGCGGGGAAGCUGGUUAUUUCUUCACCAACCUGUGUUGUGCAGUUGCUUUCAUUGAACAUGUCACAGCAGACAGCCUUGGACUAACUGAGGAUGAAUACCAGCGCUACAUGACUGGCCUUGCCCUGCCUCCGCACGCCUUGGAAGGAGAUGCCUGGCUGUGUGAGGGGAUGCGAGUGAUGCAGCAGAACCUGAAAACACUAGAUGACCUGCAAGCCAAAAUGGAUCACCUGGUGAGCCAUUCUGAUGAACUGAUGAAGGAGAUGGAUGACCUGAAGGAAAGUGUAAGCGAGGAAGUUACAAGCGUGCUGCAACGAGCCCCCCUCACCAUCCAUCCACGCCGUAAGGUUGCCAUAGAUGAGGAGCUACCUCCCUCAACCCUCCUCCCCUCACCCCUCACUCCACAGGUUCCACCUCUGAGCCCUGACAUACUGGCAGCUCAGCAGUCACUCUCAUUCCUGCAACAACUGGGUGAUGGUGGUGGAAGCCAGACGACUUCACCUGAUCUGCCUGACACUACCAAAGCCACCAGCACUACCACCACAUCACAGCUUACUGCCUCAGAGAGUGACCUUCUCAGUUUGGACCUAGAUCACGAAGAGGGUGGAACCAGCUUACAUGGGUCACUGGGCCUCCUUGGGUCAGAUGUUGACCUCUUAUGUGACCCUGACUCCCAAGAUUCUGAUGGUGGAUUACUGGAGUCAACCUCUGGACUCCCUGACCUCAUUGACCCCAUGCGACCUGUUGACUCAUACAAAAAUGUGAGAAAUCAGGACUUUAUGGGUCUGGAAGAAGUUGGGUCAAGUCAAACAUCAGGUCAAGAAGUGUUUGGUCUUCUUAGUCAGCCAUAUUCAGGCAUCCAGACACAGAAUAGGACACCGUUUUCAUCUAAUUCACAGCCAAAGAGUGAAUCAGAAUUGAGGUCAGGCCAGGCAUCAUCAAGUCAAGGCAUAUUUGGCUUAAGCCAGCCAUUCUCAGGUGUUCCUCCCCAGAAUAAGACACAAUUUUCAGGUUCACAAGCAAGGACUGAAAUCCAAGCAUCAGGCUCACAGUCAUUGCAGUAUUCUGGAUUCACUGUACAGGGAGGAAAGAUACCCAGUAUAGCAUGUGAGACAGGCAACAACCAUUCCCUCUCCUCUCAUCUUGAUUCAAGCACUUCAGAUCCACUUUCACCUCCUCUCAUUGGUGCACAGCCUUCUCUCCCUCCCCCACUUAUUCCCUCCAUUCCAGGAGAGAGACAGGGAGGAGUCAGUAGUGCCUCAGGACAGAAAAACAGUGAGAAGGGAGAUGCAUUAGAUAAAGUAUGUGAUGUUUUGGGUGACAUUGUGGAAACAUUUGAUAGUCUGUUGUAAGAAUAUAUAUAUAUAUAUAUAUAUAUAUAUAUAUAUAUAUAUAUAUAUAUAUAUAUAUAUAUAUAUAUAUAUAUAUAUAUAUAUAUAUAUAUAUAUAUAUAUAUUAACACUGAAAAGGGUACAAUAUGAGUCAUAGUAGAAAGAAGUAUACAUUUUUCUCACUAAUAACUUUUUUUUUAAGUUCACAAGAUUAACUAUUAUGCAACUGCUUGAGAAAUAAUUGGUGUUGACUUGCCUAGGGCUGGAGUUGUAAUGAGUACCUUCCUUUUACAUGUCAGCUCACUUAGCUUCAAAAAUUAUAUGACUAGUAGAAUAUAUUGUACAUUGACUCUUUGGGCUAUAGCUGUAAUACUAUUACUUUACCAUUUAACAUGUCCCUUUAUUUCAGGUGACCAGUAUUUAUUUUCAUCAGUGUAUUACUAUGUUUUCACCUUAUAGGGUAGUUGGAAAAGCAAUAUGACAACUUUAACGGUUGUUCUCUGAAAAAAAUAGUUGAGAAGGGCCCAGUCUCUACUUCAGCCAUGUAUCAUUGGAGCUACAACCCAUUAAGUUGCUCUUAAUUGCAUACAGUGGAAUACAGGGUAUUAGUAAAUCCCAUUAUUUCAAAUUUCACAAAAAAAUAUUUGUUUUAUUCCUGGAAAUCAUAAGUUUACUUGAUUUGCCAUUCAGUGUUUGAAAACUUAAACAAAAUUCACAAUACCUAAAUUUUUUAAAACAACAUGACUUGUAGAAACAAAAUUUUCUACCAGUUCCAGAGAACAGUAAUUCUUCCUAUGUUAUUUUAAAAAAAUGAAAAAAAUGCAUAUAAGUGAGCUAUGAGGAUUGUUAGUCAUCUUAGCAACUGACUGAUGCAGAAAUAAUAUUCUUUGUAUCAAUUCUUGGCAAAUACCCCAUCAGCUUUAGUGAUAUUUAAUUAUAUAUUUAUUUGCCUUCUUACCUACAAAAUUGUCAUGUGCAUUAUAUUAUAAUGGCAGCAGUUUUAAACCCAAAUUUUCAUUCUUUUACUUUCACACUAUGUGACAAAAAUAGUCAAGCCAAUGGAAUGGAAAAUUUUGAGACAAGGCACCCACUAAUGAGUGCUGAAAAAAGCUGAAUGAUUAUAAUUACUCAAUUUGGUUAAUUAUUUUAGACAUUUCAAUGGGAGGAGUUUGGGCCAGACAUUUUCAAGGAAAUUAUUACUUUCACUUACUUAUACUAUGGUAUUGAAAUAAAAAAAAAUUGAAAAUGUUGGAUGAAGGAAUGAUCUGAUUUUACAGUGUGGCUCAUUAGAUAAAGGAGCAAAUAUCAUAAAGUGAAAUAAAGUUCUAUUCAUGGGAGAUGGCUCCCAAGAAAGGGGUAGAAAUAUAAAUAAAAAGGUAGAAAUCAAACAGUUAUUGUGUUUAAAAAAAAAUAAAAAAUAAGACUGAGUAACUGAUUGGUGGUAAUGAAGAGCUCUCAUGGAAGGCAUUCCAAUCCCUAUUCCCAGAUAUCGAAUACAGUAGGCACACCUACUAUGCGACUAUAUGGGUGACAUUCAAGCUCAGGUAGUAGGAAUUCACAUAGUAGAAAUACACGUCUUUAUGAGAAAAUUAGUAUAUGGGCAGCACUGCCCUAUCUGACUGACCUCUUUUGUACCUUAGAGACAUAACAUAGGGAAAAUAAGAAUUGUUAGCUCUGCGUUUAGUUAACCCAUUAGUCAUAUAACAUUGUGCAACAUUACACAGUGGAGCUAACAAGUUGCAUCAAGAAGGCAAGUGUUAGCCAAAUAGCCCAGAAGUUGUUGUGACGGGUAGCCAUUUUUCUUGGACUCAGCAGAUUGACUGUCAGGUUUGAGUCACACACCCAACCUGCGGGGAGAUGUACGGCUAACAAGUGAACUGAACCCUCCCCAGUGUAUAGCUAAAAUAGCAAAAAUAUGGGUACUCAAAAUACAGCAGUAGACAAUUGUCCUGAAGGACUUACGUAGCAAGGUUUCCAAGGCAGGGUGAGUCAAGUUUGUCUUGUGGUCAUGCCAGCUAGGUGUAGGGUGGGCAGCCUAUGGGACCACCUGGGCUCCCUCUCAGUGUUAUCAUAGUCAUCACUGAUGAUCGCUCCUCUCUGCUGUUUCAAUAGGACACUGCAUUGACCACACUGUUGCAAUAUAGUGUUGGGAUCCAUCUCCACUCUAGCAGUGUGUGUCUCCUGAAUCUCAGUAAUUGUUAAGUGCUGGAAGUUGGGCAUAGCUUGUGCGGCUGAUAGUGUAACUGCCUCAGCAUCUGCCAGGGGUUGGAUGCUUGCCUGUCUGUUGCACAGAGGAGGUUGAAUGGUGGCCUGUCUGCUGCACAAGUGAGACACAAGUAGCUGCCAGGUAUGGUUUAUUGUAGCAGGGUUGAUCCUGGUCCAAGCACUGAGGAGGAAGUCAAGUGCAUCCUUCACUGAAAAAUCCUUUCAAAAAGCAACAACAGGCAUGUUGGCAGAGGCAAUUUUGACAUGAUGGGCACAGAGUAUGGGGUGAGUGGUGCACAGUCAGCAUACACAUUGGAUUGAGUUCACUUGUUGCCUCCACCUGUUGUAGUAUGGGUUUGACAUGCACUUUGAGUUUGUGAGUUAUAUAUUCAGGUCCUCAUGUAGUAGUAGGCUUUUUGCAUAGUGUGAAGGCACAUAGUGGGCAUGCCUUUUGUAACUUUAUUUUUUGUCCUGAAUAAUGAAACUGUUAAGGUUGAUUUGUAUGCAUAUGUCUUUUUAGAAUGUUUUUAGCUAAUAAUUUGUUUCUAGUCACAGAUAUUUUAUAUUGGAAGUAAAGAAAUAUAAUUUGCCUUUCAUCUUGUAGAACAUUAUAUGUACUAAUGGAAUA